UGUCUUCCCCCUUCCUUCCCUCUUUUGGGGUUAGGGUUUCUCUUUAUCCUCCAAAUCUGGGUUAGGGGAAGCUGAACACGCAACCAUAUGAGCAACACUUGACCAAGUCUUGACCAGUAUGCUGGGAUGUGCAGAUCAGUUUGGGUGGGUGGGGGAGAAGAUGGAAUAGUUGAAGGAGGGGAACAAGUGGCUGGUUAUGGGGAUUUGCUCAUGGAUCAAGUAGGAGAGGAACGAAGAGGAACAGACGACACAUGGAAUGGUGAAAAGGAAGAUCUAAUGUCCAAUCGAGCGGUGGCGAUGAGACAGUCCAAUCGUGUGCAAAGGAAAGAAUCGAGGGAGGUGGGAGGUGUGGUUGAGCACUAGGGGAGUCCAUUACUGGCCCCCAAUCCACUAAUAUCAAGGCUACAGCCUUGUGCUGCGAUGUUGCCACCACCGUUGUUU